AUGGGAGCAAUUGUUGAAUUGUUGGCGCAAGCUCCCCUGAUUAAAGAGAUUGUUGAUCACUACAGUGCACCUGAUUCUAGUAAUCCUGGUUGGGGGUGUGACAAGAAGUACAAUUUCAUGGACAAGUUCGUUCUGGAUGCAGAACUACAAGCAGAGAACUCUGAGUUCAGAGUUUUUUUUUUCAAAAGCGUUUGA